AUGGAUAAUAUUAUUAUAUUAAAUAUAAAUAAUAAUAUAUUUAAUAAUAAUAUAAUAUUUAAAUAUAAAUAUAAUUUUUUUAUAAAAUUAUAUUUAAAUAAUUAUAUUAAAAUAUAUAAAUUAUUAGUUUAUAUUAUAAAAUAUUAUUAUUUAAAUAAUAUUUAUAAAUAUAAAAAUACAAAAAAUAGAAGUCUUAUUAAUUUUAGUAAAAAAAAAGUAAGAGUUCAAAAAGGUACUGGUAAAGCUAGAUUAAAGACUUUAUCUUCAACUGUAUGUAAACAAGGUGCUUGUACAUUUGGUCCUUUUUAUAGAAAUAAAAUUAUUAAAUAUAAUAAAUUUAUAUAUAAGUUAAUUUUUUUAUAUUUAUUAAUUAAUAAGCGUAGUAAUAUUUUAAUAAUUAAAUUCGAAUAUAUUUUAGGUUUAUUAUAUAUUUAUAAAAAUAUUAAAUUUAAUAAUAUAAAUGAAUUAAUUUAUAAAAUAUUAUAUUUAAAUGGGAUAUUAGUAAGUAAAAAUUAUAAGAUAUUUAAUUUAUAUGAAAUUAAUAAUAAAUAUAUUUUAUUAAAUUUAAUUUUAUAUAAUUAUAUUAUAUUAAUUGUAUAA